CGACGGGGCGCACGGUGCUGCACGAGGCGGUGGUGGCGGGCAGUGUGGACGCGGCUGCAGUGCUGCUCGAGUGGGGGGCCGACCCCGACGGGGGCACCGCCGCUCAGUGGCAGCAGGAGGGCUUUUCACCGCCGCUGCUGUGGGCGGUGCAGGCGGGCAGUGAGGAGUUGGUGCGGCUGCUGCUCACCAACGGGGCGGACAUCAACGCCACCGACGCCACUCGCUGCUCCGCGCUGCACUACGCCUGCAGCAUGAGCCACAGGUGUGUGUGUGGGAGGAACACAGCAGUGGUGCAAGCUGAUGUGCUGAAGGGGGGCAAUGGGAUGGGGAGACCUAUGCGCGCUAUGCUCGACUCGACUCAGCUCAUCUCUGGCCCCUCGCUCCUCCUGGGUCCCCUGCUGGGGAGUCGAGCGUGCAGCUCCCCACUAUCCACUUCCUUCCCACCACAUGCCACCUCGCCCACUAAACCGUGCUGGUCUCUGGGGAUAAUAAAGCUGCUGCUGGUGGCGGGCGCCAACAUGUAUGCGCGCAACAGCGAUGGUCUCGUGGCGCAGCAGCUCACGGCGUCGGAGCGCAUCCGGGCGCUCUUCCGCAAGCUACACGAGUACCACCUGCGCUCCACUGAGGGGGGUGCUGACAUGGACCACACGGGCAGCAACAGCGGCGGCAGUGGCGGGGUGGGGGAGGGGGGCGGGCAGCACUGGGAGGCCGGCCUGGACGACACCGCCGCCUCUGCCCAUGCCCACCUGCCGGGGGCGGUGCUGGGCCAUGGGGAGGGCGGGCGGGCGAGGCGGGAGGGGCAGGGAGGUGCAUCAGGUGCGCGCGGGGCGGACGCCUUUCCGCUCUCGGCGUCGGUGGCAGCGCCGCCAUCACGCGCGGACUGGCUGCUGGCCAAGAAUCGCACCAUGAGCUUCCAGAGCCCCUCCCGCGACCCGCGCCCCGCGCACCCCUCCCCCUCCGCGUCCAUCUCGCCCCUCGCCGCGCACCCCACCACCCUGCCCGCCCGCUCCAUGUCCUUCCGCAGCCCUUCGCGCGACCACCUGCGCUCCGCCGCCCACCACCACGCUGCGCCGCCCUCCUCCUUCUCGUCCGCUGCCGCCCAGCCCACGGGGCUGCCCGCGCGCACCAUGAGCUUCCGCAGCCCCACUCGCAGCCACGGCCUGCCCGGGCAGCGCGCGCGCAGCCCCACCCCCUUGGAGGGCCACGAGCAGCUGUUCUCGGCGGCGUGGGAGAGCGCCCGCCGCGUGGGCGGCACUGACAGCUCCGCCGCGUCCCCCGCCCUCUCGCCCUCGCCGCUGCCCUCCUCGCGCUCCGCUGCCUCCCCCACCCGCCACGCUGCAGAGGGGGACGGCGCCGCCGCCAGGUUGGUGGGUGCAGGCGGCGUUGGGGGCGCGGGAGGGCUCAGAGGCGCGGGUGGAGGGGGAGGGAUGGGCGCAGCAGGGAGGAGGGUUGGGGGCAGCCUGGCGGGGCGCGCACUGGAUGGCGCUGCUGACAGGGCCGUGGCAGCAGGGGCAGCAGCGGGCAGGCGUCAUGGGGGCAGUGGCGAGGGGGGCGAGGGCGGGGGGAGAGGGGGGGGAGGGAGGGCAGCGGGGAGAGGGGUAGGGGGAGUGGGAGGGGGGCUGGUGGCGGGGCAUGGCGAGGUGAUGUCAGAUGUGGAGGGCGGUGCAGUGCGGUUGCGGCGGGCGAGAGUACCGGGGAGCAGCAGUGUGGGUGGCAUGGUGAGCGAUGGCGGCAGUGCGGGCGAGUCACGGCUGGGGCGGGCCGCUGGCAGGGGCGCUGGUGGGACAGCCAGGGGGGGUGGGGGGGGAAGGGGUGGGGUGGAGGGGCGAGGGAGAGGGGUGGAGGGUGGGGGGGCGGCGGGGAGGGAUGGUGCGCACACAGUCACUGAAUGCACAGGCUAUGAUGGCAUGAAAAGCCCCUCUGGCAGCGGCAGACAGGGCGUGCAGCAGAGAGGGGCGGUAAGUCCGGGAGAUGAGGAGAGGCAUGGGGGUGAGAAGUCCGGGAGUGAUGGGGGAGGAGAAAGGUGCAGAGAGGGAGGAGGACGCGCAGCACAGCCUGGGGGGUUGGAUAAGAACAGAGGGAGGGAGAGAGAGGGCAGUGGGAAGGAGAGAGAGGGAAGUGGAAAGGAGAGAGGGGGAAGUGGGAAGGAGAGAGGGGGCAGCAGCGGGGAUAUGGUGAGUGGAGAGGGUGCAGAGGGGUGGAUGGCGGAGUCGUCUCAGUCGGAGAGUGACCGCGGUGAGCAUGGGGGCGACCAUGGGGGCGAGCAUGGGGGCGCGGGGCGCAGGGACGCAGCGAGGAGGGCGGGGAGGCAGGUGGUGGGGAGGGGCAUGUCGCAGGAGGAGAGGGCGGUUGGGAAACCAACGCCUCCACCCACACGCCUGGGGGGCGCUGACCCACCGCCUGCUGCUGCUGCUAGUGCUGCCGGUGCUGCUGGUGGGGCUGGGACGGCUGGGAGGGGAGGGCAGGGAUCAGGGGGAGUGAGGCGGGUGGGCAGCAGUGACGCGGUGGGGGAGGCGGCACUGUUGGCCGGCCCGCGCUCCCCCCUGGCGGCGUCCUCCUCGCCGCUGACGUCCCCCUCUGCCAGCUCGCCGCCCUCCUCCCUCCCCCACCUGCGCCGCCACGCACUGGAAGGCCGCAGCAGGCCGGGCAGUGGCAGUGGCAGCGGGGGGGAGGGCGGGCAGCAGCAGCACGGCAAGGCGGGGCAGGGCGAAGGGCGGCGGCGGCAGAAGCAGGGGGGGGAGGGGGGUGACUGGCCGUGCAGCGACACCGAGGUGUCUCUGCGCGCCCGCCAGCAGCGCCGCCCGGGCCUGCGCCCCUCCGCCCCCGGCGCCGCUGCACCGUCCGCGUCCCCUCCGCCUGACAGCAUUGCAUCGCGCGGCAGCAGGGGAGGGGUGGGCGCAGCAGCGGCAGAGGAGGGUGCGGCAGGAGCGGCGGGGGGAGGGGGUGGGCAGCGCGUUGGCGGCGGGAGGGAGGUGGUGACGGACGAUGAGAGCAUGGGGGGCCCUCGCCCCACCCCCUCCUCCCUGCGCCGCCUCGCCUCCGGUGUGCCGGGUGGUGGCGGGGAGGCGUCAGGGCGAGCAGAGGGUGCGUCGGCAGCACCAGCUGUGGUGGGAGCAGCGGCAGGGGCAGGUGCGAGGGGUAAAGGGGAGAGGCCUGGCAGCGCAGGGGGGAGGGCGGAGAGGCCUGGCAGUGGCGGAGGCAAGGGAGAGAGGGCUGGCAGCACACGUGGUGCUGCUGCUCGCGCUGCUGCUCCCACUGCUGCAUCCGCUGCUGCUGGGGCCACUGGUGCUGGCAGUAGUAGUGGUGGUGGUGGUGCUUCUGCUGCUGCUGCUUUGAGUGCUGGCGUUGAGGGCAGCGAGGGCAGCACAGCUGCUGCUGCUGUGGCAGGCGCGUCUCCAUCUCCCUCCCAAGCUGCUCACCCCGCCUCCACCGCUCAACCCACGCGUGCACGCAAGUCCGUGAAGUUCUCGCUGCCCGCUCAUGGCAGCAGCCAGCCCAGCGACACAGCACACGGGGAGAGUCCGGGUGCAGCGAAUGGGGUGGAGAGGAGUGGCAGUGGGGAGGAGGCAGGUGGGGGAGAGCAGGGAGGGAGGGAACCAUCAGCAGAGGGGAAGGUGGGGAGGGGCGGGGAAGGGGAGAAGAAGGGUGCUGUGCGGCCGCCCCUCUCUCCCAAACCCGUGGAGGCACGAGAGGGCGCGGAUGCCAAGGCAGGGCGUGUGGACGCGAGUGGAGACGAAGCAUCAAGUGCGGGCAAAAGGCAAGGAGCUGCUGCAUCGCCUGCUCCGGCCUCCCCUGCCCUUGAAUCCAAAACCACAGACCCCGCUGCCUCUCCCAAGGCCGCUGCUCCCACCUCCCCACUCACCCCUCCCUCCUCCACCCCAUCCCCCUCGACCCCCACCGCUGCCUCUGCUGCGGGUGCUGUGGAGGCGGCAUGUGCAGCGGCGUCGUUCAAGUGGAAGAAGGGCGAGAUGCUGGGCGAAGGGGCAUACGGCAAGGUGAGGGCAUGCGGCAAGGUGAGUGCAUGCGGCAAGGUGAGUGCAUGCGGCAAGGUGAGUGCAUGCGGCAAGGUGAGUGCAUGCGGCAAGGUGAGUGCAUGCGGCAAGGUGAGUGCAUGCGGCAAGGUGAGUGCAUACGGCAAGGUGAGUGCAUGCGGCAAGGUGAGGGCAUGCGGCAAGGUGAGUGCAUGCGGCAAGGUGAGUGCAUGCGGCAAGGUGAGUGCAUGCGGCAAGGUGAGUGCAUGCGGCAAGGUGAGUGCAUGCGGCAAGGUGAGUGCAUGCGGCAAGGUGAGUGCAUACGGCAAGGUGAGUGCAUACGGCAAGGUGAGUGCAUACGGCAAGGUGAGUGCAUACGGCAAGGUGAGUGCAUGCGGCAAGGUGAGCGCAUGCGGCAAGGUGAGUGCAUGCGGCAAGGUGAGUGCAUGCGGCAAGGUGAGUGCAUACGGCAAGGUGAGUGCAUACGGCAAGGUGAGUGCAUACGGCAAGGUGAGUGCAUACGGCAAGGUGAGUGCAUCCGGCAAGGUGAGUGCAUGCGGCAAGGUGAGUGCAUGCGGCAAGGUGAGUGCAUGCGGAAAGGUGAGUGCAUACGGCAAGGUGAGUGCAUACGGCAAGGUGAGUGCAUACGGCAAGGUGAGUGCAUACGGCAAGGUGAGUGCAUGCGGCAAGGUGAGUGCAUACGGUAAGGUGAGUGCAUACGGCAAGGUGAGUGCAUGCGGCAAGGUGAGUGCAUGCGGCAAGGUGAGUGCAUACGGCAAGGUGAGUGCAUCCGGCACGGUGAGUGCAUGCGGCAAGGUGAGUGCAUGCGGCAAGGUGAGUGCAUGCGGCAAGGUGAGUGCAUACGGCAAGGUGAGUGCAUACGGCAAGGUGAGUGCAUACGGCAAGGUGAGUGCAUACGGCAAGGUGAGUGCAUACGGCAAGGUGAGUGCAUACGGCAAGGUGAGUGCAUCCGGCACGGUGAGUGCAUGCGGCAAGGUGAGUGCAUGCGGCAAGGUGAGUGCAUGCGGCAAGGUGAGUGCAUACGGCAAGGUGAGUGCAUGCGGCAAGGUGAGUGCAUGCGGCAAGGUGAGUGCAUGCGGCAAGGUGAGUGCAUGCGGCAAGGUGAGUGCAUGCGGCAAGGUGAGUGCAUGCGGCAAGGUGAGUGCAUACGGCAAGGUGAGUGCAUACGGCAAGGUGAGUGCAUACGGCAAGGUGAGUGCAUGCGGCAAGGUGAGUGCAUACGGCAAGGUGAGUGCAUGCGGCAAGGUGAGUGCAUGCGGCAAGGUGAGUGCAUACGGCAAGGUGAGUGCAUACGGCAAGGUGAGUGCAUACGGCAAGGUGAGUGCAUACGGCAAGGUGAGUGCAUACGGCAAGGUGAGUGCAUACGGCAAGGUGAGUGCAUACGGCAAGGUGAGUGCAUGCGGCAAGGUGAGUGCAUGCGGCAAGGUGAGUGCAUGCGGCAAGGUGAGUGCAUGCGGCAAGGUGAGUGCAUGCGGCAAGGUGAGUGCAUGCGGCAAGGUGAGUGCAUACGGCAAGGUGAGUGCAUACGGCAAGGUGAGUGCAUACGGCAAGGUGAGUGCAUGCGGCAAGGUGAGUGCAUACGGCAAGGUGAGUGCAUGCGUCAAGGUGAGUGCAUGCGGCAAGGUGAGUGCAUGCGGCAAGGUGAGUGCAUGCGGCAAGGUGAGUGCAUACGGCAAGGUGAGUGCAUACGGCAAGGUGAGUGCAUACGGCAAGGUGAGUGCAUACGGCAAGGUGAGUGCAUGCGGAAAGGUGAGUGCAUGCGGCAAGGUGAGUGCAUGCGGCAAGGUGAGUGCAUGCGGAAAGGUGAGUGCAUACGGCAAGGUGAGUGCAUACGGCAAGGUGAGUGCAUGCGGCAAGGUGAGUGCAUACGGCAAGGUGAGUGCAUACGGCAAGGUGAGUGCAUGCGGCAAGGUGAGUGCAUGCGGCAAGGUGAGUGCAUACGGCAAGGUGAGUGCAUCCGGCACGGUGAGUGCAUGCGGCAAGGUGAGUGCAUGCGGCAAGGUGAGUGCAUGCGGCAAGGUGAGUGCAUACGGCAAGGUGAGUGCAUACGGCAAGGUGAGUGCAUACGGCAAGGUGAGUGCAUACGGCAAGGUGAGUGCAUACGGCAAGGUGAGUGCAUACGGCAAGGUGAGUGCAUCCGGCACGGUGAGUGCAUGCGGCAAGGUGAGUGCAUGCGGCAAGGUGAGUGCAUGCGGCAAGGUGAGUGCAUACGGCAAGGUGAGUGCAUGCGGCAAGGUGAGUGCAUGCGGCAAGGUGAGUGCAUGCGGCAAGGUGAGUGCAUGCGGCAAGGUGAGUGCAUGCGGCAAGGUGAGUGCAUGCGGCAAGGUGAGUGCAUACGGCAAGGUGAGUGCAUACGGCAAGGUGAGUGCAUACGGCAAGGUGAGUGCAUGCGGCAAGGUGAGUGCAUACGGCAAGGUGAGUGCAUGCGUCAAGGUGAGUGCAUGCGGCAAGGUGAGUGCAUGCGGCAAGGUGAGUGCAUGCGGCAAGGUGAGUGCAUACGGCAAGGUGAGUGCAUACGGCAAGGUGAGUGCAUACGGCAAGGUGAGUGCAUACGGCAAGGUGAGUGCAUGCGGAAAGGUGAGUGCAUGCGGCAAGGUGAGUGCAUGCGGCAAGGUGAGUGCAUGCGGAAAGGUGAGUGCAUACGGCAAGGUGAGUGCAUACGGCAAGGUGAGUGCAUACGGCAAGGUGAGUGCAUACGGCAAGGUGAGUGCAUGCGGCAAGGUGAGUGCAUGCGGCAAGGUGAGUGCAUGCGGCAAGGUGAGUGCAUACGGCAAGGUGAGUGCAUACGGCAAGGUGAGUGCAUGCGGCAAGGUGAGUGCAUACGGCAAGGUGAGUGCAUGCGGCAAGGUGAGUGCAUGCGGCAAGGUGAGUGCAUACGGCAAGGUGAGUGCAUACGGCAAGGUGAGUGCAUACGGCAAGGUGAGUGCAUACGGCAAGGUGAGUGCAUACGGCAAGGUGAGUGCAUACGGCAAGGUGAGUGCAUACGGCAAGGUGAGUGCAUGCGGCAAGGUGAGUGCAUGCGGCAAGGUGAGUGCAUGCGGCAAGGUGAGUGCAUGCGGCAAGGUGAGUGCAUGCGGCAAGGUGAGUGCAUGCGGCAAGGUGAGUGCAUACGGCAAGGUGAGUGCAUACGGCAAGGUGAGUGCAUACGGCAAGGUGAGUGCAUGCGGCAAGGUGAGUGCAUACGGCAAGGUGAGUGCAUGCGUCAAGGUGAGUGCAUGCGGCAAGGUGAGUGCAUGCGGCAAGGUGAGUGCAUGCGGCAAGGUGAGUGCAUACGGCAAGGUGAGUGCAUACGGCAAGGUGAGUGCAUACGGCAAGGUGAGUGCAUACGGCAAGGUGAGUGCAUGCGGAAAGGUGAGUGCAUGCGGCAAGGUGAGUGCAUGCGGCAAGGUGAGUGCAUGCGGAAAGGUGAGUGCAUACGGCAAGGUGAGUGCAUACGGCAAGGUGAGUGCAUACGGCAAGGUGAGUGCAUACGGCAAGGUGAGUGCAUGCGGCAAGGUGAGUGCAUGCGGCAAGGUGAGUGCAUGCGGCAAGGUGAGUGCAUACGGCAAGGUGAGUGCAUACGGCAAGGUGAGUGCAUGCGGCAAGGUGAGUGCAUACGGCAAGGUGAGUGCAUGCGGCAAGGUGAGUGCAUGCGGCAAGGUGAGUGCAUACGGCAAGGUGAGUGCAUACGGCAAGGUGAGUGCAUACGGCAAGGUGAGUGCAUACGGCAAGGUGAGUGCAUACGGCAAGGUGAGUGCAUACGGCAAGGUGAGUGCAUACGGCAAGGUGAGUGCAUACGGCAAGGUGAGUGCAUACGGCAAGGUGAGUGCAUACGGCAAGGUGAGUGCAUGCGGCAAGGUGAGUGCAUGCGGCAAGGUGAGUGCAUGCGGCAAGGUGAGUGCAUGCGGCAAGGUGAGUGCAUACGGCAAGGUGAGUGCAUACGGCAAGGUGAGUGCAUACGGCAAGGUGAGUGCAUGCGGCAAGGUGAGUGCAUGCGGCAAGGUGAGUGCAUGCGGCAAGGUAAGUGCAUGCGGCAAGGUGAGUGCAUACGGCAAGGUGAGUGCAUACGGCAAGUUGAGUGCAUACGGCAAGGUGAGUGCAUACGGCAAGGUGAGUGCAUACGGCAAGGUGAGUGCAUACGGCAAGGUGAGUGCAUGCGGCAAGGUGAGUGCAUGCGGCAAGGUGAGUGCAUGCGGCAAGGUGAGUGCAUGCGGCAAGGUGAGUGCAUACGGCAAGGUGAGUGCAUACGGCAAGGUGAGUGCAUACGGCAAGGUGAGUGCAUGCGGCAAGGUGAGUGCAUGCGGCAAGGUGAGUGCAUGCGGCAAGGUAAGUGCAUGCGGCAAGGUGAGUGCAUACGGCAAGGUGAGUGCAUACGGCAAGGUGAGUGCAUACGGCAAGGUGAGUGCAUACGGCAAGGUGAGUGCAUACGGCAAGGUGAGUGCAUACGGCAAGGUGAGUGCAUACGGCAAGGUGAGUGCAUACGGCAAGGUGAGUGCAUACGGCAAGGUGAGUGCAUGCGGCAAGGUGAGUGCAUGCGGCAAGGUGAGUGCAUGCGGCAAGGUGAGUGCAUGCGGCAAGGUGAGUGCAUACGGCAAGGUGAGUGCAUACGGCAAGGUGAGUGCAUACGGCAAGGUGAGUGCAUACGGCAAGGUGAGUGCAUGCGGCAAGGUGAGUGCAUACGGCAAGGUGAGUGCAUACGGCAAGGUGAGUGCAUCCGGCACGGUGAGUGCAUGCGGCAAGGUGAGUGCAUGCGGCAAGGUGAGUGCAUGCGGCAAGGUGAGUGCAUACGGCAAGGUGAGUGCAUACGGCAAGGUGAGUGCAUACGGCAAGGUGAGUGCAUACGGCAAGGUGAGUGCAUACGGCAAGGUGAGUGCAUACGGCAAGGUGAGUGCAUACGGCAAGGUGAGUGCAUACGGCAAGGUGAGUGCAUACGGCAAGGUGAGUGCAUACGGCAAGGUGAGUGCAUGCGGCAAGGUGAGUGCAUGCGGCAAGGUGAGUGCAUGCGGCAAGGUAAGUGCAUGCGGCAAGGUGAGUGCAUACGGCAAGGUGAGUGCAUACGGCAAGGUGAGUGCAUACGGCAAGGUGAGUGCAUACGGCAAGGUGAGUGCAUACGGCAAGGUGAGUGCAUACGGCAAGGUGAGUGCAUACGGCAAGGUGAGUGCAUACGGCAAGGUGAGUGCAUACGGCAAGGUGAGUGCAUGCGGCAAGGUGAGUGCAUACGGCAAGGUGAGUGCAUACGGCAAGGUGAGUGCAUACGGCAAGGUGAGUGCAUACGGCAAGGUGAGUGCAUACGGCAAGGUGAGUGCAUACGGCAAGGUGAGUGCAUACGGCAAGGUGAGUGCAUACGGCAAGGUGAGUGCAUGCGGCAAGGUGAGUGCAUGCGGCAAGGUGAGUGCAUGCGGCAAGGUAAGUGCAUGCGGCAAGGUGAGUGCAUACGGCAAGGUGAGUGCAUACGGCAAGGUGAGUGCAUACGGCAAGGUGAGUGCAUACGGCAAGGUGAGUGCAUACGGCAAGGUGAGUGCAUACGGCAAGGUGAGUGCAUACGGCAAGGUGAGUGCAUACGGCAAGGUGAGUGCAUGCGGCAAGGUGAGUGCAUACGGCAAGGUGAGUGCAUACGGCAAGGUGAGUGCAUACGGCAAGGUGAGUGCAUACGGCAAGGUGAGUGCAUACGGCAAGGUGAGUGCAUACGGCAAGGUGAGUGCAUACGGUAAGGUGAGUGCAUACGGCAAGGUGAGUGCAUGCGGCAAGGUGAGUGCAUACGGCAAGGUGAGUGCAUGCGGCAAGGUGAGUGCAUGCGGCAAGGUGAGUGCAUGCGGCAAGGUGAGUGCAUGCGGCAAGGUGAGUGCAUGCGGCAAGGUGAGUGCAUGCGGCAAGGUGAGUGCAUGCGGCAAGGUGAGUGCAUGCGGCAAGGUGAGUGCAUACGGCAAGGUGAGUGCAUACGGCAAGGUGAGUGCAUACGGCAAGGUGAGUGCAUACGGCAAGGUGAGUGCAUACGGCAAGGUGAGUGCAUACGGCAAGGUGAGUGCAUACGGCAAGGUGAGUGCAUACGGCAAGGUGAGUGCAUACGGCAAGGUGAGUGACCUAUGGCGGGGACGACAUGAGCGGCGUUGGUAUGUGAUCAACUGGUGGCAAAGUCUCAGCCCACCACGUGCGAUGGCUGUUCUGCUCACACUACGUUCGAUGGCUGUUCUGCUCACACCACGUGCGAUGGCUGUUCUGCUCACACCACGUGCGAUGGCUGUUCUGCUCACACCACGUGCGAUGGCUGUUCUGCUCACACCACGUGCGAUGGCUGUUCUGCUCACACCACGUGCGAUGGCUGUUCUGCUCACACCACGUGCGAUGGCUGUUCUGCUCACACCACGUGCGAUGGCUGUUCUGCUCACACCACGUGCGAUGGCUGUUCUGCUCACACCACGUGCGAUGGCUGUUCUGCUCACACCACGUGCGAUGGCUGUUCUGCUCACACCACGUGCGAUGGCUGUUCUGCUCACACCACGUGCGAUGGCUGUUCUGCUCACACCACGUGCGAUGGCUGUUCUGCUCACACCACGUGCGAUGGCUGUUCUGCUCACACCACGUGCGAUGGCUGUUCUGCUCACACCACGUGCGAUGGCUGUUCUGCUCACACCACGUGCGAUGGCUGUUCUGCUCACACCACGUGCGAUGGCUGUUCUGCUCACACCACGUGCGAUGGCUGUUCUGCUCACACCACGUGCGAUGGCUGUUCUGCUCACACCACGUGCGAUGGCUGUUCUGCUCACACCACGUGCGAUGGCUGUUCUGCUCACACCACGUGCGAUGGCUGUUCUGCUCACACCACGUGCGAUGGCUGUUCUGCUCACACCACGUGCGAUGGCUGUUCUGCUCACACCACGUGCGAUGGCUGUUCUGCUCACACCACGUGCGAUGGCUGUUCUGCUCACACCACGUGCGAUGGCUGUUCUGCUCACACCACGUGCGAUGGCUGUUCUGCUCACACCACGUGCGAUGGCUGUUCUGCUCACACCACGUGCGAUGGCUGUUCUGCUCACACCACGUGCGAUGGCUGUUCUGCUCACACCACGUGCGAUGGCUGUUCUGCUCACACCACGUGCGAUGGCUGUUCUGCUCACACCACGUGCGAUGGCUGUUCUGCUCACACCACGUGCGAUGGCUGUUCUGCUCACACCACGUGCGAUGGCUGUUCUGCUCACACCACGUGCGAUGGCUGUUCUGCUCACACCACGUGCGAUGGCUGUUCUGCUCACACCACGUGCGAUGGCUGUUCUGCUCACACCACGUGCGAUGGCUGUUCUGCUCACACCACGUGCGAUGGCUGUUCUGCUCACACCACGUGCGAUGGCUGUUCUGCUCACACCACGUGCGAUGGCUGUUCUGCUCACACCACGUGCGAUGGCUGUUCUGCUCACACCACGUGCGAUGGCUGUGUUUCUGGGGCUGAACGAGAUGACGGGCGAGCUGAUGGCGGUGAAGGAGAUCAAGAUGACGAGCCAGGGCGACGAGAAGGCCAUGCUCAUCGCAGCACUGGAGCGGGAGAUCGUGCUGUACAAGAAGAUGCGGCACCGGCACAUCGUGGGGUACAUCGACAUGGAGAAGCACGAGGCCGAUGGCUCCAUCUACAUCUUCCUUGAAUUCGUCUCCGGCGGCUCCAUCCACAGGUGGGCGUGCAUGCACAGGUGGGGGUACUGCUUGUGGCUUGCAAACAAGCUGAGCUUCAUGUCUUGUUGUCGCCAAGGCUUCAUGCCAACGCUUACUUCUUCCUCUCGCCUGCUUUCCCUCAUUCCUCUUCCCUUCCCCCCUCCCCUCCGUCUUCCCCUCCGUCUUCCCCUCCCCCUCCACCCCCCCGGCAGCAUGUUGGAGAAGUUUGGGGCGUUCAGCGAGUCGCUGGUGCGGGUGUACACGCGGCAGCUGCUGCUGGGGCUGGAGUACCUGCACGCGUGCCGCAUCGUGCACCGCGACAUCAAGGGUGGCAACGUGCUCGUGGACCGCGACGGCGUCAUCAAGCUCGCCGACUUCGGCGCCUCCAAGAGCUUCCACGAGGGCACGGUGGGCGAGGGAUGCAAGAGCAUCCGCGGCUCCGUCUUCUGGAUGGCCCCCGAGGUCAUCAAGGGCGAGGGGUACGGCCGCCGCGCUGACAUCUGGAGCGUUGGCUGCACCGUCAUCGAGAUGCUGACGGGGCGGCACCCAUGGCCGGGCAUGGACAACACGUGGUCGGCCAUAUUCCACAUCGCCAAGACCACCACGGGCCCGCCCAUCCCCGAGGGCGUGUCCGCAGAGGCCAGCGACUUCCUCACCGCCUGCUUCCAGCUCGACCCCAACCAGCGCCCCUCCGCCUCCGAUUCCAUGCCCCACAGCACGUCCCACUCACCUUCCGUUCCUCCUCUCUCUCCUUGCAUAACACACGCCACAGUCACCUUCCGCGUGCCAGGCACACACACUUGCUACCACAUGGACCACCUACCCUCACCAACUCGCACGCUCCCCCAUGCCUGUGCCUCCUCUCUUUCUCUCUCUCUGCAGCUGCUCACGCUGCCAUUCGUGCAGGUGCCCGACACGCCCAGGGAUGCCCGCUUCGCACCCUUGGUUGCCCGCUUCGCAUCCCCCACCCCAUCCCUCACCAUGUCGCCCACCCCAUUGCAUGCCGCCGCCCACCAUGUCCGCGCCACCCCACCACCCCCCCCCCCCGCCCUCCGUGCUGCGGAGCUCGUGCCGUGCGCCACCACUGCUAGUUGUGCCACUUGCAGGGCACCUCCAUGA